CCAGAGAUAGAUUUUCUUUGGGAGCUCCUUUUUCUUCUCUCUUCUCUCUCCCACUCUCUUACUGUCUGGAUCUUCUUCACAAAGUCACAACAGAAGAAAUGAAGAACCAGCGAGUAAUUGAUGAGAGAGAAAGUAGUUUUCUUUUAUUAGUAGGUUUGUCUUAAAUGAGGUUUGGCUAGCAGAGUCCAUGGCGGCGUUGCAGAGGCUCUAAUUCCGUGCCAUUAUUGCAGGGAUUGAUUGGAAAAUCCAAGUCAAGCAAACCCAUUUUUUUUCUUUUAAACCUUAAAAGCUGUCAAGAAAGUGAGAAACCCCUCAACACCAACAGUACUACUAGUCUCACUUCUAGAGAGAGAGAGAAGAAGAAAACCCCAGUAAUCAAGAUCGAAUUUUGGGUAUUGGGUCUGUCUCUGCUAUGGAUUUUUGGUCUAAAUUGAGGUGGGUUUCAGUUAGUGGGAGGGAAGAAUGGCAGGGCUGUUUUAUUUGAGUGGUGUAGGGGGAGGAGGGACUAGCAGGGGAGGAGAAGAAAAAGUUCAAGAGAAUAAUAAUAAUAAUAGUAAUAAUAAUAAUCAUAGUAAUCAUAAUAUUCAUAAUAACCACUUGUAUUUGUACAGGAACGAAGAGAUCUACAACAAGGGGUUUGAGAUAUGGCCAGAAUAUUAUCAUCAUCAGCAGCAACAACAACAACAACACAUGAGCAACUACUCAACGUUUGGUGUGGGUCCUAGUAGCAAUAGAAGAACUGGAACAACCACCUUAAACUUCUCUUCUUCUGAUGAGUCGUCAAGAUCAGCAGGAUUCAUGAUGAGGGGAUUUGGUGGUGACGGCGGCAGCGGUGGCGGUGGAGGUAUAAAUUGUCAAGACUGUGGAAACCAAGCAAAGAAAGAUUGUGCACAUAUGAGAUGUAGAACUUGUUGUAAGAGCCGAGGGUUUCAGUGCCAAACACACGUGAAAAGCACUUGGGUCCCUGCGGCUAAAAGGCGUGAACGCCAACAACAACAACAACAAAUCUCUUCAUCUUUGCAACAACAAACACAACAAGAUCAAGAACAACAACUAGAGUUUAGAGGUCACGAGAACCCCAAAAGGCAGAGAGAAAACAUCAUCAAUCAAGCUGGUGCUUCCUCCUCUCUUGCUUGCACUACUCGUUCAGGGUUGGAACUGGCUAGUCAAUUCCCGUCGGAAGUCAAUUCACCGGCAGUUUUUCGGUGCAUGAGAGUCAGCGCAAUGGAAGAUGCGGAUGAGCAGUUUGCGUAUCAAACGGCUGUGAACAUUGGAGGGCAUGUGUUUAGGGGAAUUCUAUACGAUCAAGGUCCGGAUGCCCGCUAUGGUGGUGGUAGUGGUGGUGGAGAGAGCUCAUCCGGCGGUAGUGGAGCUCAUCAUCAUCAACAACAGCUCAAUUUGAUCACCACCACCACCACAGCGGCAACAACCACCGCGACCAGCAACCAAUUGCUUGACCCUUCUAUGUACCCAGCUCCACUAAAUGCUUUCAUUGCUGGUACGCAAUUCUUCCCACCUCCAAGGCCUUAAAUUAAUCAAGGUCCUCCUCGAGAGAGAGAUUAAUUGUUUUUAGCGAUCGAAACCUCAUUUUGUGACUUGUUAGCUUAAUUUAUGUGGGGGAGUAGUAAGUAUGUUGGAUCCAUGUUUGAUUUUGUUGGAAUUUAAUUCCAGAUUUUCAUGGUUGAUUGUUAUUUAAUUUUGAUAUCUUAUCCAAUUA